UGCAACCAAGGACAACAAGAAUGCUACUAUACAAGGAUUUAACGAUCUUAUAUUUGACUAUCACGGUGACUUAUGGAUAACAGCACCAAUUGGUCUCAUCGCGCCCCAUCCAUUUGAAAACUCAAAAAAACAACCGUUUGGAAGCGUGUACUGCUACAACCCUAGAACUGGUGAUCUGAUAAAGGUUUCCACUGGUUAUGUAUUUCCUAAUGGUAUUGCAGUGAAGCAUGAUAAAUAUGGCACUCCAACGAAACUGAUAUUUGGAGUCGAUAGAAACGCCUCUCUUUGGAGCUUUGAUAUUAUUGGCCAUUGCCAGAUUGCGAACAAGCGGCUCUGGGGAUCUCUUCCAGCCAACAGUAUUCCAGACGGUAUGGAUUUUGAUGAGGAUGGAGACCUCAUAGUUGCAAACUAUAACACUGGUCAUCUGUAUGUCUUCGGUCCUAAAGGAGGUGCACCAAUACGUGAAAUAAAGUGUCCCUUUGUGUACGCUACCAACGUUCACUUCAGGCCUAACUCAAAAGAGCUGUACAUCACAGAGGGCGAGUCCAAUAGUUUGUGGAAGAUUCAGUGGAAGAGCAAAGGAAUGAAACAAUAUUGCGAGACACCCGAGUUAAGGGGAAGAUUUGGAUAUUGAUCGUCGAUUCUAUUCAAUUUGCGAAAACAGUGAUAUUUUAUUUAUAUUGUUAGUACACAUUAAUAUUGUAAUAUUUGUUUUGAUUAUGUAUCCUUAAAACAAUUUUUCUGCUUAAGAACACAUGCC